AUGGCGAUGCAGCUUGACUUGUCUCAAGCUUCGGUGAUGAAAGAUGAACAGGGCCGGCCAUUCAUUGUUGUUCGAGAUCAGGGAAAGAAGAAGAGACAGCACGGUACUGAUGCGGUGAAGUCACAUAUCGUUGCCGCCAAAACCGUCGCCAAUAUCGUGAAAUCUUCCCUGGGUCCUCGUGGUCUCGACAAAAUCUUGAUCUCCCCAGACGGCGAUAUUACUGUCACCAACGAUGGCGCCACUAUCUUGUCCCAGAUGGAAGUCACAAACAACGUCGCCAAGCUUUUGGUCGAGCUUUCGAAAUCUCAGGAUGAAGAAAUUGGUGAUGGAACGACUGGUGUGGUCGUUUUGGCUGCUGCUAUGCUGGAGCAGGCCUCUGAACUCAUCGACAAGGGCAUUCAUCCCAUCCGCAUUGCGGAUGGUUAUGACCAAGCUUGUGAAAUUGCCGUUGCGAAGCUUGACCAGAUCAGUGAUGAGAUCCCAUUCAGCAAGGAUGACACGAGCAACUUGUUGCAGGUUGCAAAGACUAGCUUAGGGAGCAAGAUUGUCUCCAAGUCUCACGACCAGUUCGCCAAGAUCGCCGUCGAUGCAGUGCUGUCUGUUGCCGACCUCGAGCGCAAGGAUGUGGAUUUCGAAUUGAUCAAGGUGGAUGGAAAGGUUGGAGGUGCCCUGGAAGACUCGCUUCUUGUCAAGGGUGUCAUUGUGGAUAAAGACUUCUCUCACCCUCAAAUGCCCGACGAAGUCCAGGAUGCCAAGUUGGCGAUUUUGACCUGUCCGUUCGAGCCCCCCAAGCCGAAGACCAAGCACAAACUCGACAUUACAACGGUUGAAGAGUUCAAGCGGCUGCAGGACUACGAGAGAGAAAAAUUUACAGAGAUGAUUCAGAACUUGAAGGAUUCGGGCGCCAAUCUGGUUAUCUGUCAGUGGGGUUUCGACGAUGAGGCCAACCAUCUUCUUCUCCAGAACAAGCUCCCCGCUGUGCGAUGGGUCGGUGGGCCUGAAAUUGAGCUCAUUGCUAUCGCGACGAACGGUCGGAUUGUUCCUCGAUUCGAAGACCUGACCCCGGAGAAGCUGGGAACUGCUGGUCUUGUGCGGGAGAUGACAUUUGGUACUACACGUGAGAAGAUGCUCGUUAUCGAAGAGUGUGCCAACAGCCGUGCUGUAACGAUAUUCGUUCGAGGAAGCAACAAGAUGAUCAUCGACGAGGCUAAGCGCUCACUACACGAUGCUCUUUGCGUUGUGCGUAACCUGGUGCGCGACAACCGGGUUGUAUACGGUGGUGGUGCUGCCGAAAUCGCUUGCUCCAUAGCCGUGGAGGAUGCCGCUGUUAAGAGCCCCGGAAUCGAACAAUAUGCCAUGCGCGCCUUUGCCGAUGCGCUGGAUGCCGUACCAAUGGCACUGGCUGAGAACUCUGGAUUUAGCCCUAUUGAAACCCUUGCUUCGAUCAAGUCGCGUCACGUGAAGGAGAACAACUCUCGACUUGGUGUUGACUGCAUGAUGACUGGCAAUAACGAUAUGCGGGAGCAUUUCGCAAUUGACCCUCUGAUCAGCAAGCGGCAGCAACUCUUGCUGGCGACGCAGCUCUGCCGCAUGAUUAACAACGUCAUCAUUUCCGGCGACGACGAGCAGGAGUUCUAG